ACGAAAUAAUUAUAGGACUUCGAUUUUGUUCCAUUAUUAUUGCAUGCAAUAUAAUAUAGACAUAUAUAUCGGCAAUACCGUGCGCAGUUAACACGAUCUACUUAUCAAUCUAUUUCAAACAUGAAGUUGGCCAUUUUGGGCGCUACAGGCCAGACAGGACAAUGCCUUAUUCGUCAAGCCAUCAAGGCUGGUCACCAGGUCGUUGCCGUGGUCAGAGAUCCUGAGAAACUACGUGAUAUCGAGCAGAAUGUCGACGACUUCAGUUUGAAGAUUGUAAAGGGUGAUAUAUAUUCAUCGGACAGUCUUCAACCAAUCUUCAAUGGUUGCGAUGCAGUCUUGUCGGGUCUUGGUGGUCAGACCUUAUUCUCUACAAUCACGCUCUACUCAAGAUCUUGCAAAGCAAUCAUAGAAGCCAUGAGACAGGCCAACGUGAAAAGAUUUGUCGUAAUUACAUCUUGGUAUACGCAAGUCGAUCCUAAAGACGAUCCCGGGUUCGUAGCCCGCUGGGUGAUCAGACCAAUGCUCAAGAAGGUAUUGAGUGAUAUGCUCAUUAUGGAAAUAUAUCUGGAGAAAGAAUGCCAAGAUAUUGACUACACUGCCGUGAGACCCGCUCAGCUCAAUAGCAAACAGAGCACAGGGCAACCAUUCAUCGUAGAGGAACGUCAGUUCGUGAAUGCAUCCACAUCCAUACCUCGAGCCGAUGUAGCAAGGUUUAUGUUACAAUGUCUGGACGAGGACAAGUAUUACAAGAAAUUACUUGCCAUUGGUGUAAAAUAAGAAUGACUAGUUAUGCCCGGAGAACCUAAGGUGACAUGAUGUGUUCUUUCUUUAUCAUUGUCCAAACUCGUUUCCAUGACUUACUACCUUGUUCCCUCGUCUUACAUGACUUGUAGGGCCUCCUAUAUAUUGAGGAGUAAUGUGGUCAUUGCUUUAACAAUUAUUAUAUCUUCAGUAUAAAAUACCUAAAAUGUAAUAUAAUGUAGGAUAAGGAAUUUCAUUAUGUCCUAUAAAGUUUUUGUAAACUAUAAAGUUGAUACACUUAUAUCAUAAUGUUUGUAAAUAUAUGGUAUUGAAUUGAAGUUGAUUCAAAAUACUUUUGCGAAUUGUAUUCAUGUCAUUAACAUAUAUUUUAUUUCUUUUUAUGUUCAUUCUCAUUUGGCAAAGGAAAGUUGAAAGUAUUUCAUAUUAAAGAUAACUUUUAAAAUGCAGAUUUUUAAAAGAAUUAUAUCAAAACCAUACCACUCCAUCAAUAAAAUACUCUGGACCCCCCACCCCCCAAAAAAAAAAUCGUCAGCAUUCUUAUUUUUAUAUAGCAAAAAGUGCAUACUGGUUUACUCAUAUAUCAUCUUAUCAUCUCAACCUCUGUUUACGUUGGUGCAAAGUCAGUGUACUGUUAUUUUAAGGAGAAAAUUGAAAAAUAACACUGAGAAAUGGUAGCUUAUCACUUGAAUAUUGGUAUUCUCUAAAUAGUACUAGGGAUAACUUAAUCUUUAAAUUUGCUGAGACAAAGGAAUCAAGAAGAUAACAUUUGUAUUUUCUACAAAAGAUGAUUUUAUUGUAUAUGAGUAGCAUACCACUUCUCUAUAAUAACAAUAGAUUUUGGCAUCCCUCUUGAUAACAAACAUUACUUAUAUAUAAAUGGCAAAACUCAUCUCUCCAAAAACAUAUCAAGGUACAGGAAGAUAUAAAUAACAUAAAACAAAACAAUACUAAAAAUAAUCUAAUUGAACAUGUUUGAAUACAUAUAAAGACAACUGCUUAUGACCCUUGUUAUCCCAGAAGCCUUUCAUGAAAAUUUGGUUUAACCAAUAGAACACAAUUUAAUUCCAUACAAUAACACAUUUCCCAUGAUUUCUGCCUGAUUUAUCUUGGGCAUAGGGCUCCACAGAUAACUAGGACUGAAUGUGAUCAAGAAGAGUCAAAUUGAUCUUUUAAAAUGAUACAUGUAAGUCAAUGAAAUAAUAGUUGGCAGUAAGAAGGCUUUCGAUUUGUUGUGGUACCAUGAUCAAAAACAUCAUUUUGUGAAAAGGGAGCAUUCAAGAAGGAAGACAGAUGAAUGAAUUUUGUGCAACACAUUUGACAAAAUAUUUAGUCAUCCAGUAAAAGAAGAUUGUGUAAUGCUUAUGAUAGAGUAGUGCAAUGGUAUGGUUUAAAGGACCCCAUGGAAGAACAGUGGUAGUUUGUUAAUACCGCUGAAAUGGGCCAUCCUCCAUAUUUCAUAAGAUUUAUUAAAUUUGAACAUGUAUAUAUUUUUUUCUUUUUAUAUGGAAAUAAAUAUGUGUAUAUUUAAAUAAAGCUGAUUUAUACUUUUGCAGUUAUGGAUAAUAAUCUUAAAUAUGUUUGGUAUUAAAAGAGCAUCCAUUUCUAAUGUCCAAAAGGUUUGUAGCAGUGAUAUUUCUUUCUUAUCAAUAUCAAUGCCCGUAAAAAAGGCAAAGUAGUAUUCAUUCUGUAUUGUUGAUUUUUGUGAUAACUAGGAAAUAUUAAGCAAAUUUAAGACAUCCCAUCCCAACCCCCCUUAAAAUAUGUAAACUAUGAAUGAGCGUCCAUUGGUUAUGGUUCUAUAUUGUUUUGCUCUAGCGUUUUAGUCAUUCAUGCGAUUUUACUCCGAUGAGUGCAUGUAGAAAAGCUUCAGUAUGUCCGUUUUUAAGGCUAUUUUAUGAUUUUGAGGUACCAAACACUUCUUUAUGAAUGAACUACAAAUUCAUUUCAUUGGAAGAGGGAUGAAAGAUGGACAGUUAAGGUUUCAUUUCGUUUUACAUGAGAAGGCCAUACUUCAUAUGAAACCAAUUCAAUCAGAUUUUUAUUUUACCUGCAUAAUUGUUGAACAAGACAUUUUUGGAUAUUUUCUAAAUUUUGCAAAUCAUAUAUCAAAAAUUAAAACAAAUCAUGCUCAUCCUGGACAAAUAUUAUGCAAUAUCAUUUUUGUAUAAUCAUGCAGGUACUUUAUAUCAAAGGCAUGAGCUUUCCAUUUACAUUGGUUUGAAGUGGUCUAUUCAGAGUGUCAAAUUAAAACCAAAAUUGGUGGUUCUGAAUGAAUGGCCCUACAGCAUCUUUUUUGUGGUGGUGCAUUUUUUUUAGAAAAAAUGUAAAACAUUUACAGCUUACAAAUUACUUGGAAUUAUAUAUUUGUUAAGAUAACGUGAGUCAUCCAAUCGCAUUUGUCGGAAGAAAAUUGCCUAUUAUCAGAGUGCUUUAUCUUCUUGUAAUGUUAAGGAGCUGUAUAAAACUUUAGACUAUCUAAUGAACAGGAAGUUGCCAGCUCUUCCUUUCUAUGACUCUCUUGAAGCACUGUCCAAUAAAUUCUCUUCGUUCUUUGAAGAAAAGAUAAGAAAGAUUCAUAGGAGCCUAGAUGAUGUGCAGCCUCAUUCCUAUUCAGAUCCAGCCACUGACAUUUGUCAAAAGGAUUUUGAGCCACUGUCACGCUUUGAUCUUGCUACAGAAGAUGAAGUAAAGAAGAUCAUUUUAGGAUCACCAUGCAAGUCGUGCAGUCUGGAUCCGUUACCCACAUGGUUCCUCAAAGAGAACUUACCAUACCUUCUUCCUAUUUUGACGAAUAUCAUAAAUUCGUCCCUUCAGUCUGGCGACUUUCCAAGUUCAUCGAGGUCAGCAGUUAUUCGGCCACUACUCAAGAAACCAAGCCAUGACAAGAAUUGCCUAUCCAACUACCGGCCUGUAUCCAACCUCAGUUUUCUUGGGAAGGUAUUGGAGAAGAUUGCUUGUCGUAGGCUCACGGAUCAUAUGUCGGAAAAUAGUUUAUGGGAUCCUCAUCAGUCUGCCUAUAGAUCUCACCAUAGUACAGAGAGCGCUCUUAUCAAGGUGAAGAAUGACAUUAUGUCUGCUAUGGACAAGGGUCAAGUAACUUUGCUUUUGUCCUUAGACUUAUCAGCAGCGUUUGACACGAUAGAUCGUCAGAUUUUGAUGACCCGGCUUUCGAAACGGAUAAGAGUCCAGGGCACAGCUUUAAACUGGUUCCAGACCUAUUUGGAUGAUUGGUCUACAUGUGUGGAAAUAAAUGGAAAGCAUUCACUAGUUUCUGUUAAUUCAAUUGGCCUUCCUCAAGGUUCUGUGUUCGGACCGAUAGGUUAUACUGUAUACACCCUACCUAUCGCAGACAUUGCCAAAACUCAUAAUGUGUCUUAUCAUCUAUAUGCUGAUGAUACGCAACUUUAUGUAUCUUUUGACCCCAGGGCAGCACAUGGCUUGGAGAUUGCAUUGAGAACCCUUUCGGUAUGUGUUGCAGACAUCAGCAUAUGGAUGAAUAAUAACAGACUAAAGCUGAAUGAAGCAAAAACUGAAUUUCUGGUAGUAGGUUCACCAUAACCUUCGUGGGUUAGAUAAUAUUUCUAUUGAUAUUGGUACAUCACAAGUCUUACCAUCCGCUUCAAUUAAGAGUCUUGGUGUAUAUUUGGAUUGUAACAUGUCUAUGACAAAGCAAAUUGAUUUUUUAUGUAAAUCUGUUAGGUUUCAAUUAAGAAAUAUAUGUCGCAUACGAAAGUACAUAACAGUAGAUGCAUGUCAUCAUGCGGUACGUAGUCAUGUACUAUCUCGGAUCGAUUAUUGUAAUGCACUCCUUACAGAAGUUCCCCAAAUGCACGUAAGGCGACUACAGAGUCUGCAAAACUGGGCAGCACGUAUUAUUCACAAAGUUGACCGUAGACAUGAUGCUAUUCCACUAAUAAGGGCAUUACACUGGCUACCAGUUAAACAAAGAAUAUUAUUUAAGAUUCUUUUGUAUGUAUAUAAAUCAUUUCAUGAUCAUGUACCAAUGUAUAUCAAGGGGGCACUUCAGGUUCAUAAUCCUAAACGAGAAGGUUUGCGGUCAGGUGGAGAUCAUUUUAGACUAACCUAUCAGACAACCCGGAGCAAGGCCGGUGAACGUAGUUUUACUGUUGCUGCGGCAAAAGAAUGGAACAAGCUUCCCACUAAAUUAAGAUCUGAAACUUCUCUUCUUAGAUUUAAGAAACAGUUGAAAACGUACUUGUAUCUAGGAUAGAUGUAGCUUUUUUAAGUGUUGUAAAUUGAUCUACAGUGUAAACGCUAUGAUAUAGUGUACUAUGUAUAGCGUUCCUAAAUGCCUUAUUAUUAUUAUUAUUAUUAUUAUUGUUUGGUUUUACAAAUUCAAUCCGAACAAAUAUAAUUUCUUGGUGAUUGAUAUAGCAAUAAAAGGCAAAUAUAUUGACAGUGU